AUGUUGAACCCCCAUAGUCCUUCGGCUUCCAACCAAACAGUCAGUCAACUUCUGACUCCUUCCGUUCAGAUUUUUCUUAACGGUGUGAUCGAAGAUCAAGACUUUAAACCGCAGCAAGGUUUUCUCCAAACCAAGCACAGGAAUAUCAUUCAAUAUCCUUCUCAAAUCAAUGAGAACGAUCUUUCAAACUAUGAUCUCUUUUGUGGUACGAGAGGCCAUCGCAACGAUUUGCUCGCCUUCAGAAAAAUAUUUCUUGUUCCCAAGGAUGGACUUCGUUUCAAUUUGAGAAAGGGCGAGUUUACUGGGGAAGAUACCAGGUCGGGAAGUAGCAAGAUUUAUCACUUGUUGUUGGUUCCGAAAGCUCAGACCAUGAAUUGGACGAUGGCCACGAGCGGUGGAGGGAGUUGUGUGGCUUCUCACGGUUCUGUAUUGUCUGCUCCCUUUGCCAUUACGUAUGAUCGGAAGCCAACAGGAUUGAAUCGUGAUGAUGAUGCCGCAUCGGUUGCCUCUUCUUCUUCUGUUGGCUCUCUCUCAUCUCCAUCAGUGAUUUCCACUCCUUCUCCAUUAUCCUCAUCAGGAUUGGUGAGCUACAACUAUUAUACGCCUUCUCCAACAGCAGGAAUUCCAACUCAGUUUUCUCCAUCUAUGAUGAUGAUGCCAACAACAACAAACCAACAACAGCCACAAUUUGGUGUUUUGGGAACGAAUAAUGUACAACAACAGCCACAACUAACUACACACAUGAUGAUGCCUGUUCCAAUGUCCAUGUAUCAACACCAACAACAGAGCCUUCUACCCAACGUGGGAACACCUACCAUGACCAUGAUGGAGAACCACUCUCAACAACAACCUACUACGGUGCAUCGAUUGAAUGGUAUGAACAGUCCCCAAGUAACUUUCCAGGGUUUCAAUACUCCAAUGCAACCAACAAGUUUCGAAAGCCAGUCAUCCUUGCCAAGCACACAUGGAACACCAAGUAAGAACACUGGUGUGCCACAACAGAAAGCAUCACCACACACUCCUCCGAGAACACCUCCUUCUCGAGAAUUGGUCACACCUCCAAUCUUGACUUCUUCUCCUUCCUUGGAAUCAACUCCUGGGGUGAACUCGUCAAGUAAGCAAACAACUCAGCUCUAUUUUGAUGCUCCCUCUGAACUUAGGGCAACUUUUGCUUCAACUAGCACUGCUGCAGAACCAUCCAUGUAUUUGGAGGCUUGUAGACUUCCUAAUUAUGAUACAUAUGCCUUCGCUCUCAAUGAUCAAGCAAGACUGCCAAGCACUUAUGAACAUCUUAUUAACAAUACAAAGCUUGGAAAACAAUUGACAAUCACCAAUCAACAGCACCUCGUCAAAGGCCUUUUCACAGUGGAAUCUGAACAGUUUAAAGACUCUCUUUUCAUCGAACAAAAGUAUCCAUUAGUGAUGCAAGUGUCAGAAAAUGGUGAGCAAAUAUUGUUACCAAAGGACUGCAAGAUGUGCUUUGAAAGAUCGUCCAACAGAAUUUCAAGAAUAUUCCGAGAUAUGAGUCUCUGCUCAUGCUUACUAUUUGUCUCGUUUUUCAACCUUAGAAACUUUGAGAAAGAAGAACGAAAAAAAAGUGAGCUAGAGGAGUCUGAUGAAAAGGAGAAGUUGAAAAAGUUUUGCAUUGACGGCAUUAAGCUGGAAAACGGAAGAACAUACACCUUUUUUGCCACCAGUAAUUCUGGUAUUUCAGGAAAUACUGCUCUUUUUAUUGACUGCACUUGUUUAAACAUUCCCCACGUUUUCAAAUUGUUGGGAGAUUUUUCAGAGUCCAUGAAGAGCGGUGAUAGGAAAUUUAACGGAAGGGUUGGACUCAACAUUGGAACAUCUGUAAAAUCGAACAUUCAACUCGAGCAAGGACAGUAUUAUGUAAGCACCACGGAUGACAAGGAAUACCCUGGUGUAGACGGCAUUAACGCAAUUGAAGAGGAAUUCUUUAAAAGCAUUUUGAAAUGUUUGACUAGUGAAGGUGUAAUAUUAAUGGAUCAAGAAGAAAUCGAGAAUACGACCUCCUUUCAAGGACGAGUGUUGGGUAUUAAGGGAAUGUUUCAAAUGAUUCCUACCAAAGUUUGGAAUGAACUAUUUGUCAAGAAACAUCGUCUUAAUCCUAAUGUGAAAGUGUAUAUACGAGCAUCAACUGUCAAAUUUGCUGCAGAGUCAAGAAUAUACAAUUAUUUUGACGUUUUGAACGUCUCAUCACCAAAGUCUAUUGGUAAUAUUAGUAGAAACACAAUCAAAUUCUUGUGCAGAAAAUCAACCAAACCUCAGGAAAUUGAGAAGUACUUUCUGGAAAAUUAUAAGCAAUAUUUGAACGAAUUGUGUCAAGGAGCUCUAGACCGAGAAUAUCUGUUAAAGAGAAUAUUUAUUGAUGAUGACUCUGAUUAUGGUUAUGAAACCAAGAUUGUUAGGGCAGCUCUUGAAAAUGGAGAGACCUUUGAGACUAACCCUUUUUUGAUUGAUAAAAUCAAGCAAAAGAUUAUCAAUGAACGCAUGAUAAGACUUGGGAAAAAGCUGCAAGGACAAAUCAAAUAUCCUGAUCUAUUGAACCUGAAGGGAGUGAUUGAUGAAUCUGAAUUUCUACAAGACGAUGAAGUCCUCAUUGCAAGCUCCAAAUUCAAAGCAACACCAUAUGUAGUUGUUUUCAGAAAUCCAAUUGCACAUGCCAAUGAUUUUUUAAAGCUUAAAGUCGUCUCUGCUCCUAUAGAAAAUGAAUUCUUGAAUCGGGUAAGAGAAUCCAUUGUCUUUCCAAAGCUAAAAGGUAAAAAAGGCCCUCAUCAAUUUCUUAGCUCAGGAGACCUUGAUGGUGAUUUAUACAGUAUACUCACAGACCCAAAUUUGAUUAAGCUAUUAGACAAGCCAUUUAACCGUAUGGACUACGAACAAUUGGCUAAAGAUUAUGUUAAACCAUCACAAAAACCCAAACCAGUAACUGAUGUGGGAGAGUCACGAAAAGAUCAAGCAAGAUUCUUCAUAGAAUACACACCAAAAAUUGGUUUAUUCUAUACAGCGUUGACAAACGACUUGUAUCUCAAUAACUUGUCAGAGAAUGACCGAAAGAAGUAUGCAUUAUUCUUUUCGCUAUCCAUUGAUGCCGUAAAGCAUGGAUCUGUGAUACUGCAAGACCCCAAAUCAUAUGAUUCUUUAGAUUUCAUGGACCUUUUUACCGAUGACAUGUUGGAAAGUGAUGUUAUAUUCGACGAACAGAUUUUAACGAAAAUUAAGCCGUUUGAACAAGAGUUGAUACGAAUGAUUUAUGGCAGUAUUCAGUUGCUCAAGAAUAAGUUUAGCGAUUCGCAUAAAGUGGAUUCUCGGUACUCAAUAGAUGUAGAUAUUAGGGAUUCCAACGAGUUGAAGGAAGCGUUCAUUGAGUGGGAAAAAAUCAACAGGGACAGCAGAAGUGAAAGAAGGGAUCUCUUGUCUCAAGUUUACGGAAAAAAACAGCACAAGCAAUGGCUGAAGUCAAAGAUGACAAGAGUAGCUAAUUACAUUUUACCAGGAACACUUGACACGACUCCCUCUUUAGCCGUGAGAAUUCAUUCCACGUAUUUUCGUGACAAUGAAUUGAAUACCAAUGUUGAAAAAGCAACAACGUGGCUAAAUCAAGCGAUUGCUCAUCCCGACGAGAAAAUGAGGAAGAAAAUGGUUAGAUUUGUUUACUUAGUUUGCUACAAGUGGCUCAGUAUUCGUCGCAUACAACAAGGCAAUUUCUUGUCAUUCGGAGUGUGUAAAUACAGCAACCAAUAA